UUGGCAACCUUACAGGACCCCAGUGCAUCGUCAUCAUCACUAUUUCCACCACCAUAGAGCAUUUAUAUCAUAUUUUAGAAGUGUGUUUCAUGCUCUGUGAACAUUAUAUGAAAACUGAACUUUUGCUUAGACUUUAUCCAGAGGAAAAACUGCCUGUUUUGAUGUACUACUGCGACUCAAGCAAUCAGGAGGUCGGAGGUGACUAAGAGCAUGUUUAGUGCCACCAGAAAGAAGUUUAUGGAGGGGCUCGAUAAUGACUACCCAGAUGACAGCUUGUACUACGGCCAGCCGUCCAUUUUCACGCACCGGUCUGAGAAAGACAUGCUGUCGUCUUCAUCUCCUUCAUCAUCGGGUCAGCUCUCUCAGCUGGGUGCAAGUUUAUACGGCUCGCAAAAUGCUUUAGGCUUCCCGAUGAGGAGCCUGAACAACAACAACACGCAACUCAAUCGCAAUCUAGCACAGAGCACACAGUUACCUAGUCAUGGCACAGCAACCACCAGUGUCCCGACGUUGUCGCUCCAUACUCCAAGCUCGCCGAGUAGGGGGAUUUUGCCCAUGAACACGAGGAACAUGAUGAAUCACUCGCAGACGGGCUUGAGCAUAUCGAUGAGCGGACGGAGCAACAGCAUGAGCAGCUCAGGCCUGGGAAGCCCGACCCACAACUCUCCCAGCACCAUCUGCAUGCCCAAACAGCAGCAGGCCAGGCAAUCGCUCAGCAUCAACAGUAUGUCGGGGUUUGGAAUGGGCCGGAAUCCUGCGUUUGGUUUAAGCAGUUCAUUCUCAAGUAGCAUCUUUAAUGGAACUGACGGGAGUGAAAACGUGACUGGGCUGGACCUGUCCGAUUUUCCUGCCUUAGCCGAUAGAAGUCGAAGGGAAGGAAGUGGCAACCCGACCCCGCUGCUCAACCCGCUGGCUGGGAGAGCUCCAUACGUUGGAAUGGUCACAAAACCGACACACGAGCAGACGCAAGACUUCUCCAUCCACAAUGAGGACUUCCCUGCACUUCCUGGACAUAACUAUAAGGAUCCCAGCAUCGAUGAAUGCAAACCAAACUUAAAUUCCUCGUCUGGUAAAAAUGUGGCUAACGCAGAUGGUCCCAAGUUCCCGGGAGACAAGAGCUUGACGCUACAGAACAACAAUCAUCAGAAGAAAGGAAUCCAGGUGCUACCUGAUGGCCGCGUGGCGAACAUUCCCUCUGGCAUGGUGACGGAUCAGUUCGGGAUGAUCGGCUUGCUGAUGUUUAUUCGGGCAGCAGAGACGGACCCGGGCAUGGUGCACUUAGCGCUGGGAAGCGACCUGACCACGCUGGGCCUCAACCUCAACUCGCCAGAGAACCUUUAUCCCAAGUUUGCCUCUCCCUGGGCCUCCACACCGUGUCGGCCUCAAGAUAUCGACUUCCACGUUCCAUCAGAAUAUUUAACAAACGUUCACAUAAGAGACAAGUUGGCUGCAAUAAAGCUCUCUCGAUACGGAGAAGACCUGCUCUUCUAUCUUUACUACAUGAAUGGUGGAGACCUGCUGCAGCUCUUGGCCACAGUGGAGCUUUUCAAUCGGGACUGGAGGUACCAUAAAGAGGAGAGGGUGUGGAUCACACGAGCGCCAGGAAUGGAACCCAUGAUGAAGACCAACACCUAUGAAAGGGGAACGUAUUACUUCUUCGACUGUCUUAACUGGAGAAAAGUAGCCAAGGAAUUUCACCUGGAGUAUGACAAGCUUGAAGAGCGGCCACACGUCCCGUCCACGUUCAACUACAACCCAGCCCAGCAGGCCAUCUGAGACACCUCAUGAAGAGGGGGUUUUGCUUGACUUGGCACUCACUGAAUCUACAGGUGCUAGCUGUGGCUCUGGCAACCUUGUUUUUUGUUUUAUUUUAAAUACGAUUCCACUGCAAUCUGGAAAGGCAGACUCAGGAGCUGUGGGCUGCUACAGUACCACCACAAUAGACUGCUGCACAAAAUAUUUUACUUUUUCCCUUUUAUUGCUUUUAAUCCCUGUCCUUCAAGUGCAGAUUGAAACAGAAAGACGGAUAAACAAUCAUACUGAACUAAAAAACAAAAACAAAACAACAACUAUGGUGUAAUGCCUAAUAGAGAUCACAAUGUUUAUUUGGUUUAAAAGAAAAGAAAACAGCUUAGAUGCAUAUUUUACCGUUUUUAAAAAAAAUUUUUAUUUCAGUUGUUUGUAUUCAACAAUUCAAUAUAACUACUGCCUUUCAUUUCCCUGCCCCAUUAUUAUAUACGGAAAGACGUCGAGAACCUCGCGAAGCUGAUUCAGGAUUUUCCUUUUGGUUUAAAAUAAUUCGCUCUGAAUGAUGGAAACACUGUCUUCUGGUCUUUGUUACAAUUUUGUAAUAAGAGUGUAUUUUUUCUGUUUUGGAAACCACGUGAAGAAGUACAUAUAUACACACACACUGUAUAUGUAUAUAUUAUAAGUUGGAAAAAAAAUUGCUGCCCUGUUGUACCUCAUUUUAAGGAGGUUUGCAUGGAUGCAGUAUGUUUAGGCGAAAAAACUGGAGCUGUUAGGCUGAGGGACCAUACACUGGCAACCGAGGACAUCCAGAGCCUUAUGACUGAGGGGAGGAGAAAUAAUUCCAGGAAGAUUGCGGCACUUCACCAGCUGUUUUCAACAAAAGGAAACCCAAUAAAAAAAGGAAAACAA